ACCUAUUGCAAUUGUUUCAUUAGUGACCGAACCUCCGUAGAAUUCACUAGUGCAAACAUGUACAUUGAUAUUAUUAAAAGCAGUAAGUGUCUGCUCAAGGCAAGGCUAUGGUACUACAGUUUAGCGUUUGCGCAUUUGUUCUAUGCUGCUAUAGUUCUGUUGAGUAUAGAUAUGUCCCAGGAUAAAGAUCCAGCUGUGAGUGCAUAUAUUUACAUCAGGUGGCGGCUCUUGACCUCCUGGUUUAAUUUAUUGACUCUAUGUUACUUCCCCAUGUGUAUUUACUGCGACUGGAUGGAGUUAAAUGGUCGUGGUGAUGAGAAACCUGUAAUACGUUUGAGGCAAAUCAAAGAGGUCCUCUUUACAAGCAUUAUAUUUCCUACCACUAUGUACUGCGACAUCCUAUUCUGGCGCGUAUGGCAAAAGGACCCCAGUCUGAUAGCACCAGUGAGGAUAUUCGAUUACCUUCCCUACUGGACGCAUCACUCGCUACACUCCUUCUCUGGUGUAACUGUCUUCAUAGAUUUACUGAUUGUGCCAAGGAAGAGGCCUGUUAGUCUCUUACCAGGCAUGCUGGUGACUACAGCGUUUGUGACUGUAUAUGCGAGCAUGGUGGCCAUAACCUAUGCAAAUGGUGUUGCCGUAUAUUCAGUGUUGAACGUUUUCGAUAGUUUCAAAAUAACACUUCUAAUGAUAAUGUCCUAUUUAGAACAUUAUUUCUAUUACACGCUUCAAUGGUGUAUUGUAGAUUUAGUAUGGAAAAACAGGGUCGAUACAGAAAAAAAUAAAAUACAUACUAAUUAAAAUUAAAAUUAAAAGACGUGUGGCACUCGGGGACUGCC